AUGAGUGACCGCCAUCUAGAACAAGGGAUUAGUAUAAAAUUUUGUGUGAAAUCAAACAAGUCUCCAAGUGAGACCCACUCUUUCUUUAAAAGAAGCUUAUGGGAAGAAGUCAUGCCGAGGGCCGGAGUUUUUGACUGGCACACACGGCUUGACGAAGGGCAGGAAGAUGUUCGAGAUGAUGCCCGAAGUGGCUGUCCACUUACCCACCGGACAGAUGACAAUAGCCAGAAGGUCAAGGACUUGGUUUGUUCAAGUAGCCAGUUAACAGUGAGGAUGAUGGCUGAAAAGUUAACUUUAGAUAAAGAAACUGUUAGAUUCACUCUGAAAGAAAACUUGAACAUGAGAAAAGUUUCUGCCAAAGUUAUAUCCGGUAUUUUGAAGGAUGACCCUAAACCUCAAAAACGUAACUUUCUUUCUGAUCUUUCCAAAGAAACUAGGAAAAAUAGCUUGUGUGUGAAGAAACAGGUAACAAGUUCUGUCAUCUCCAGGGUGAAGCUGGUGGGGAAAUGCGCCAGCCUGCAUCUCAUCCAGAAUCUGCUCUCCUGCCAGCAGCUUCUACAGCAGUGA